UGGAGCCCGGCUGGGAGGCGGCUAAGACGCGCUCCCCGGCGUCCGGGAGCCCUCCCCAGAUCUCAUGGAGCACACACACUUCCAUCUCGCCAACAGCUCGCUCCUCUCACACCACCGCUAUGCCUGCGGCUUGGGUUUCGUGCCGGUUGUCUACUAUAGCCUGCUGCUCUGCCUUGGCUUGCCAGCCAACAUCCUAACUGUGAUUAUCCUGUCCCAGCUAGUGGCACGGAGACAGAAGUCAUCCUAUAACUAUCUCUUAGCCCUUGCUGCUGCUGACAUCAUGGUCCUCUUCUUCAUUGUGUUUGUAGAUUUUUUGCUGGAAGAUUUUAUCUUAAACAAGCAGAUUCCUCAUGUCCCAGACAAAAUCAUAGAAGUUCUGGAAUUUUCUUCCAUCCACACUUCCAUUUGGAUUACUGUCCCAUUAACUAUUGACAGGUAUAUUGCAGUCUGCCAUCCACUCAAAUACCACACUGUCUCCUAUCCAGCUCGCACUCGAAAAGUCAUUGUAAGUGUUUACAUUACCUGCUUUCUGACGAGCAUCCCGUAUUACUGGUGGCCCAAUAUAUGGAUUGAAGACUAUAUCAGCACUUCUAUGCACCAUGUCCUCAUCUGGGUUCACUGCUUCACCGUGUACCUGGUGCCCUGCUCCAUUUUUUUCAUCUUGAAUUCUAUCAUUGUAUACAAACUUAGGCGAAAAAGUAAUUUCAGACUCCGUGGCUACUCCACAGGAAAAACCACAGCUAUCCUGUUCACCAUCACCUCCAUUUUUGCCACACUUUGGGCUCCCAGAAUCAUAAUGAUCCUAUAUCACCUUUAUGUGUCACCUAUCCACAAUAGCUGGUUGGUCCAUAUUAUAUCAGACAUUGCCAACAUGCUGGCCCUGUUGAACACUGCAAUCAACUUCUUCCUCUAUUGUUUUAUCAGCAAGCGAUUCCGUACCAUGGCAGCUGGAACACUCAAAGCUUUCUUUAAGUGUCAAAAGCAGCCUGUCCAAUUCUAUACCAAUCAUAACUUCUCAAUAACCAGUAGUCCCUGGAUUUCACCAGCUAAUUCCCACUGUAUCAAAAUGCUGGUUUAUCAAUAUGAUAAAAAUGGGAAGCCUAUAAAAGUAUCCCCAUGAUCAGAGAGCUAUUUCCACUUCUGCUCCAUUUAGUGGGGCUCUAAGAUCUUCACAUUAUACUUGCUGAAAUUUCUCUUCUCAAGUGUAGCAAUCAGAUUCCAUGUCUCCAUAGCCUGAAAGACUAUCAAAUUGUUAGAAUGAAUGCAUAUUAGGCUGGUAGAAAAGGAAGAGAAGCAUGAUUAUUUUUGGCAAGUCAUGUUAAGAGCAAAAGUCCCUGCCAAUUUGAUACCUCUAGGGAGGGCAGGAGUACUCUGCUCUUGGGUUGGUAUGGACCAAUGGCAUAAUAAAAUUGUACAUGGUCAUGUCUCAGCACUCUGUGUGGUCACUGGGAAUAAUUCAUUUUUUAACACACCCAAGACCCAGUAGUGCUUAAUUGAUACUACAUUCUUUAUUCAAAGAGCUUAGGUAAUCUCUUCAUCAUGCUAUUCCUAGCUCCUAAGAUUGAAUGUUUCUGCAUUUUGUAAGAUGUUGUUUGCAUUUUGCGCACUUACUAAAAAGAGGUUUUUUGACUUAACAUAUCCCCACUCAUCAGUCGCUGGUGCUAAAGAUGACACUUUGGGAAACAGAAGCAUCUUUACCUGUUCUUCCCACUCCUGAUAGGCUCUGUUGGAAAACGCUCUGGACUGAAAUACUUUCUGUUUAUAUAUCCUGGGCAACCAAGAAGCAUCCUACAAACUAAUUUUAUGUAUAGGUUUUUUUAAAAUAUUAUCCAAGACAAAGGAUCUUCUAGAAAGUAAAAGAAAAAGGAAGAUUUUUUGAGCCUAAAAUAACAAAAGCAGCAGCAGCAUUGCAAUUGGUUUUCACUAGAUUUUCCAGAGGCCCAUGAGUUUGGGGAAUUAUAUAUAGACAUAUUACUCUAAUGGGUUUUUUCAUCUAAAAGACUUGUCACGGUUUUUUUUAUCUUCAAAAAUCCUAAAUAAACCUUUUAAGUGUAGAAUUCCAAGCUUGAUCUUUAUGGAAGCCAUGUAGCAAUGAAAAUGAGGUCCAUAGUUCUUCUUGUACAGAUAUUCUCUGAUUUGUUUUUGUUUUUGUUUUUGAGGCAAAAUUUUAAAAAUGGGCCAAACAUUUUUGGUUCAAUUGUGAGAGUCCUCCAAGUUUUAGACAAGGACAAAAUCAAUCCUCCCUGACAAUUCAUAUGUACAAUCAGUUUUCCUAAAUAGUAAACAGAAGUGAACAUAACAGGGAAGCACACCUGCAUUACUAUAUUGGACUCCCAUUGUCUAGUAGGCUUAGUUCUGGUUUAAUGCUGAACCAUUAAAAUGAUGAUAAUCUAUUUCCUUCCAUAUUCCCAAUAAGCACAAAUACUUGUGUGCCCAUGAAUCAAGUUUUUCAUGUGAUAUCCUAUAAACAUACAUAUACACAUUCAUAAACAUAUAUAUAUAGUUGAUUUGAGUUUGUCCAUUUCAAGGAAGGAAAUCCAUUCAAGAAAUCUCUUUUUCAAUAGCUCACCACCCUCUAACUAAAGUUAUAGGACUGAAAAUCAUCUUGUUUUAGGAGGACUUCAAGUGGAUACUUCCAAAAUGACUCUGAAAAUUCAAAAUGGGAUGCUUUUAUGAUAACUCUUGUUUCCUUGAGAAUCUAGUAAGACUCUCAUUAGAACAAAUUAUCUUAAUGAUCUGUUUUAAUUCAAUUUAGAUCCCAAAGUAGAGCAUAUUGUGUAUUCAUUUGAACAGGAUUUGCAAUAAAUGAAUGGGAAACCAUCACUCCAUUGCAGUUAGUCACAACUCCCCUAUGCUGCCCAAAUUCCAGGGAGUGGCUUUAUUUUACUGUUUCAGUCUUUGUGAUCCUACCUGUUCCCUAGUAACCCCUUAAAUGAGUGCUUUCUUGUGGAUUAUAUUUACCAAAGUGUAUCAACACAUAAUAAGUCUAUUUAUUUUUUAAAUGUUUAGUGACAAGGAAUGCUAGUUUUAUGUGAAUGAGUUCAAGUGCAAUAUCUAUAAAGAUUAAGUGAUUCAUUUUUGUGAAUGUAUUUCUCAUGGAAGAUAAUAUUUAUAUGAAUCUCAUUGUUCUAUAUUAAUCACAUAUAAACUUGAAUGUUAGGUUUGGGUUCUUUUUAAAGACUGAGCAUAAAGAAUGUUAUCCAUGUGCUCCCAAUUUAUUAUAUUUUAAUAGAGAUUCUACUGACUAGUAGUGUCAUUGAUUUUCCUUUGGAUUAGGUUUUAUAUUUCUAUAAAUAAUAUUUAAAAGAGAUAUGAUUUUUUGAAAUCAUUCCAUUGAGUUCUUAUUCUUCUGAUUAGAAUUCACAUGAAUGUCCUUAUGUGUCUCUUGAACAAUUUUGUUCUGUGUCUCUUAUGUGUAUCUCUUGAACAAUUUUGCUUCAGAGAAAUUGAGGGCUUUAACUUAUUAUUAAUAAUGAUAAAAACAAACAAAUAAGGAUAAUAAACACUUUGAAGACUUUUAUUUCAGGCCAGUUUGGGAACAAAGACUUGAUUCAAGAAAUCUGCCAUGUAGGAGCCUCUGUCCAUGGUAUUAAAGCUGUGGUCUAACUUUUAAUCUGUGAGGCUCCUUGGAAAGACUGCUAAUGAGCCAAACUCUUGCUAUAUGAUUUGGACUUCCUGUUGGGAAUACAAUGAAGUUAAGUGAGCACAUACUGUAUUUUCACUGAACCACUUGAGAACCAGAAUGUCUUGGAAGGGGGCAAGGAAUGGAAAAGCAAGGAGGAAAGAGAAGAUAAUAAAGAAAAAUCAAUUUACAGGAGGACUGAAUGUUUUUGUCAAUAAAAUGUGUUUGGAAAAAAGUGACUAUAUACUUAGUUUGAGGGGACAGUUGGGAAUGUCUGAAGUGAUUAAGUAAAUUAAAUUGAAUUUUGCGUAUUACAAGCCUAAGAAUGAGAAGUUUAUUUAAAUUGUAAAUGUUCAUAUUUUCUUAAGUAGAUACUAUAUUGUGUUUGGCAAACUUGUUUGUAUGAAUAAUAAAUUCGGAU